UUUUCUGUUCAACUUUUGUUUGCUUCUCAACCCCUUUCUUAAAUCCCAGAAGGCAGAAACAUCACACACAGAGCAUCGUCAUCAAUUCAUCAUAUCAUAGCUAAAAAAAAACAGGAGAGAGAAAGUGAAAAAAUACCUUUUUUUUUAGAGAGAGAAAGAGAAGGUAGCCCUAGAAAAAUAUGCAACCAGAUAAGGACUUUUGCAGCUGAGACACUGCAAAAAGAGUUAUUAUAUUGAGAGAGAAAAGAAAGAUUAUCUUUCUUUUUUUUUUUUCUCUUUUCAAUUUUGAAGCUUUCUUUUUUUAUUCAUUUUACCCUCUUUUUUCCAUUGUUGUGGAGUAAUUUGCUUCUUUGCACUGACACAGUGACACAGUGGUUCUCUCACAUCUCUUUCUCUGUGUAACUCUGCCACCACUCUUCACUUUCCAAAGAGAAAAAAAAGAAACUGUUGAACUUUUUUUCAACUGAAUCAAUCACUAGCUUCCAUUUCUUCACAGGUAGAACUGUGAAUGUGCACCACAGCUUUUUGAUCCUGUUCCUAAAAUGUUAGUAUGAUCCCCUUUUCCCUUUUCUUUGUAUCUGCACGUUGAAACUUGAAACCCAUGUUGCAUUCUCCUUUUCUGUGUUUGGGGCGUUGAAUCUGUUGUGAUUAUGGACCCAAUUAUCCAAAGAUUGUAUAUUUCCAUGGAAAAGCCAUUGUGGCUGAAGUUUUACUUGUUAUUCUUUGUGAUUUGGGGGUCCCUUUGGGUUGAUAUGGCAUUUUCUACUCUUUUUUGGAACUGGGUUUGGAAGCUUUGUAUGGCAUUGGGAUUGGCCUAGAGUAAUUCCUUCAUUUUCUUUUUGUUUCAGUUGUACUAUUUUGUGGUGGUGAUUUUUCUGGGUGUUGGCACUUGUAUUACUUGGUGUUUAAGGUUUAUGAUGGGUGUUGGUAAGAUUGGACCUUUUUUCAUGUUCUUCUGGUCCUUCUCUAUCUUCAACAUGAAGCUUUUUUUUGUUGUUUCUUGUAGUUUGGUAAGCUGUACAUAGCUUUUUUUUUUUUUUUUUUUUGUCUUCUCUUAGACAUGUCCAUAUUGUGGUUAGAGAGUGGUUCUCUUGUGUUGUGUUGAUUCCUUCUUGGCUUUCCUUCUUUUUCUAUGAUCUAUCUUCUACUUUAUGCUUUAUCCUGUACAUGUGUGGAUUCAUAUGUUUAUUUUAUAUAUGGUGCCAUCAAUGAGAAAUUUUAUUUGCUGGAAGCUUCAGUAUUUUUUAAUUUUAAGGACUUAUAGUUCUUCUUCUCAAGAUACAGUUACUUACAGCUGAUGUAAUUUAAGCACUUUUUUGGAACUCUUGUUGGUCAUUGCUCAUUGGAUUUCGUACUUUUUAUGGUAUUCUGAUGUGUUGGUGUUUUUUUCCUCCAAAAUUUGUCACUAUACUCUAUUUGGGAACAGAGCUAGGUGAUAAGUUUUGGUGUACUGAAUAUUGGGGUGUCAAAGUUUCUUGUGAAAGAUUCUGAAGGCAAUCGAAGUAAAUGCAUGGAUCGUGGGGACCAAAUGGCGUUAUCCGGGUCUUACUAUAUGCAGCAAAGAGGAAUACCUGGAUCUGGAGGACAACCUGAGUUACAUAUUUCACCUAAUAUGCGUCCACUGUCUAAUCCAAAUCUACCAUUUCAAUCCAGCAUUGGUGGUGGUACCAUUGGAUCCACAUUGCCAUUGGAAUCUUCAGCAAUUUCGGCCCAUGGUGUCAAUGUGGGAGCUCCUACUGGGGCACCUCUAGGGGAACCUGUCAAAAGGAAGAGAGGAAGGCCUAGGAAAUAUGGUACCGAUGGAAGUGUGUCAUUGGCAUUGACUCCAACUCCAACAUCAUCUAGCCAUCCUGGAGCCUUGUCACAAAGCCAGAAACGGGGCAGAGGGCGCCCCCCGGGGACUGGGAAAAAACAGCAAUUGGCUUCUCUUGGUGAAUUGAUGUCUGGUUCAGCUGGGAUGGGAUUCACUCCUCAUAUCAUCAACAUUGCAAGUGGAGAAGACAUUGCAACAAAAAUCAUGGCAUUUUCUCAGCAGGGACCUAGAGUUGUAUGCAUUUUGUCAGCCAAUGGUGCUGUCUCUACUGUCACACUUCGUCAGCCAUCAACUUCAGGCGGCACUGUCACAUACGAGGGGCGCUUCGAGAUAGUGUGUCUGUCAGGCUCUUACUUGGUCACUGAAAAUGGUGGCUCACGCAAUCGAACUGGUGGAUUGAGUGUGUCCCUUGCUAGUCCUGAUGGUCGUGUCAUUGGCGGCGGAGUUGGUGGAGUGCUUAUUGCAUCAAGCCCUGUUCAGGUGGUAGUUGGGAGCUUUCUAUGGGGAGGAUCAAAGACAAAGAACAAGAAAAAGGAAUCCUCAGAAGGUGCAGAAGUUGCUGUGGAGUCAGAUCAUCAGGGAGUUCAUAAUCCAGUUUCACUGAAUAGCAUCUCACAAAAUCAAAACCUUCCUCCAACUCCCCCAUCUCUAAGUCCUUGGUCAACAUCACGUCCGUUGGACAUGCGUAAUUCCCAUGUGGACAUUGAUUUAAUGCGUGGGUGACACACUUUGUUGAAUAUACACUAGUGCUGUGUAUAUAUGUUUCAGAUUCAUGGUCGCUCAUCUAAUUUUUGUUGUAGUAGUAAAAUGACAGAAUGGGAAGUACCAACAGCAGAGUAGAGCCAGCUGACUUUUGCAAAUUGAUAAAUCUCACUUAUCCAUCCACCCUUGAUGAUUAUUGACUUGGGGUUUGUACUCAUAUUUUUGUAGUUGUGAGGAAUUUUUAAUUUGAAAAUUGUAUGUUCCUGAUUGGUAAUGAUACAAUUUAUGUUCUAUUUGGAAAAAAUAAUUGACAUUGGACUAGAUGUUUUAUGUGGUUUAGGAGCAUCAAUUAUAUGACAUUGUAUCAUGUAAUUUUUGUCAUAAAAAUGUCUUCUAGAAGGCAAUGACGAGGGGAACAUGAAGAUUUUAUUGCUGAGAAUGCAUGAUGUAAAAUCGUUUUGUAUUCUAAUGGUGUGGGGUUGUAGAGUCUCUUAUUGUA